CCUCGCCCCACGGGCUGAGCUUCCACCCAUCUUGGCGAAAACUCCGCGUUUUCCCUUCUGCUCCCUUUUCCCCUUCUUCCUCUCGCACCCUUCCCCUGCUUGAGGUUUUCUCCGCGCACUCGUUCGCACGCAUCCUCCCUUGACCAUGGAUCAUCACUACCAGGGCUUCGAGGACAACGCCGGCGCCGGCUCCGGCCCCGGGGACAACUCCUUCCCCAACGACCCCAACGCCCAGCCUGUCAUCUACAAGCAAUCCGCCGACCACCACCAGGGGCACCACCACCAUGGGGAUGGCGCCGAUGUCGCGGCCUCCUCGCGCGUGUUCGCCGUCGUCCAGCCGGCCCAGACCGACCUGAAGGUUCUCCUGCGCGCGGCCAGCUGGUUCUGCUCGCUGGUGGCCUUCUCCGCUGCCGCGGCUUCCCCCUUCGCCUCGAGCCACCGCGGGUUCUUCAUCUUCACCGGCGUGGUGUCCUGGCUGCUGGACAUGGUUUUCCUCGGGUCCUACUUCCGCCCGGAGCUCGUGGCCCCGCAGGUCCUCUCCCAGAACUGGCCGGUCAUUGAGUUCUUCUCGCUCGCUGUCUUCUCGAUCUUCUGGUUCUUCGGCUUCACCUUCUUCUGCGUCUACGUCAACGCUCUGACUGCCGUCGGUGGCAUUGCCCUGAGCACCCCCCGCGCUGCCGCCGCCUUCGGCUUCUUCUCCAUGAUCCUCAACUUCGGCUCGCUGUUCCUGGCCUUCAGCCGUGCUCGCGGCCUCCUGGCCUCCCUCCUCGGCGGUCUCGGUGGCAACAGCGGUGGCCACCUUGCCUACUCCGAUCUGUAAGCAGAGCAUCCCCACCCUUGUCCUGAGAGCCGUGUGCCACCCUCUCUCUCUCCCCCCCCCUCUCCUUUAUCUUCGCCUUCUGAUGUCCACCCCAGCACACCCUUCCCUCAGCCAUGUGCACAUGUACAUGUGUCUGAGUGCAUGUGUGUAUGCGCCGAUGCGUCAUUUCAGUGUGCCCUCCUGUACACGGUGGCACACCUACACUUUCAUGCAGGAGCACCUUCCCUCUUCCACGCUUGGUGCCUCCCUUGUCGGGUGUGCCAUGCCCCCCCUUCUCCCCCCCCCCCCCCCC